UGAGCUGAGAUCACACCAUUGCACUCCAGCCUGGGCAACAACAGCGAAACUCCAUCUCCAAAAACAAAACAAAACAAAAAAACCCAAAAAAACAAAUUAAAAUAAGUGUUGGCAAGGAUGUGAGUGACAAAAUUUGAACUCUCAUAUGGUGUUGGUAGGAAUGUAAAAUGUUCAGCCACUAUGGAAAACCAUAUGGCAGUUACUGAAAGGUUUGAUGUGGAGUUACCAUAUGACUCAGCGAUUUCAUUCCUUAAUAGUGAGAAAUGAAACCAUGUCCACAUAAACACUUGUAUGCAAAUGUUCACAGCAGCAUUAUUAAUUAUAUCCAAAAAGUGGUAAUAAACCAAAUGCCUAUCAACUGAUGAAUUAAUGUGAUAUAACCAUACAGUGAAAUACUAUUCAGCAGUAGAAAGGAGUGAAAUAUUGAUUUGUGCUACAACAUAGAUGAACUUGAAACGUGCUAAGUGGCAGAAGCUAGGCACAAAAAUCACACGAUUCCAUUUUUAUGAAAUGCCCAGAAUAGGUGAAUCCCCAUCUCUACUAAAAGUACAAAAAUUAGCCAGGCUUGGUGGCACACGCCUGUAGUCCCAGCUACUCAGGAGGCUGAGGCAGGAGAAUCACUUGAACCCGGGAGGUGGAGGUUGUAGUGAGCCGAGUUCACACCACCGCACUCCAGCCUAAGCAACAGAGUGAGACUCCAUCUCAAAACAAAAAACAAAAAAAAAACAUGUCCAGAAUAGGCAAAUCUGUAGUAGGCAGCAAAUUAGCAGUCGUCUAGGGAUAUGGGCACACAUGGGGAAAUGGCAAGUGGCUGUUAAUGGGCAUGGGGUUUCUUUUUGGGUGAUGAAAGUGUUCUAAAAUCGAUUAUGGUGAUCCUCAAUUCUGUGAGCUUGCUAAAAACCAUUGAAUUACAUAUUUUAAAUUGUGAGUUAUGUGGUACAUGGACUAUCAAGCUGUUACUUAAAAAACGGACUGAGCCCUUUCCCCUGGCUGGCAGUGCGCAGGCCGGGCCGCAUGAUGCCUGGAGUUACUGUAAAAGAUGUGAACCAGCAGGAGUUCGUCAGAGCUCUGGCAGCCUUCCUCAGAAAGUCUGGGAAGCUGAAAGUCCCCGAAUGGGUGGACACCGUCAAGCUGGCCAAGCACAAAGAGCUUGCUCCCUACGAUGAGAACUGGUUCUACACGCGAGCUGCUUCCACAGCGUGGCACCUGUACCCCUGGGCUGGCGCUGGGGUUGGCUCCAUGACCAAGAUCUAUGGGGGAUGUCAGAGAAGUGGCAUCAUGCCUGGCCACUUUAGCCGAGGCUCCAAGAGUGUGGCUCACCGGGUCCUCCAAGCCCUGGAGGGGCUAAAAAUGGUGGAAAAGGACCAAGAUGGGGGCCACAAACUGACACCUCAGGGACAGAGAGAUCUGGACAGAAUCGCUGGACAGGUGGCAGUUGCCAACAAGAAGCAUUAGAACAAACCAUGCUGGGUUAAUAAAUUGCCUCAUUCGUUAAAAAAAAAAAAAAAA